ACGUUAAUGAUUUCUGUCAAUUCACCGAGUCGCUGUGUCUAAUAGGAGAUUUAUUCUCAAAACUUAAAUUUAACUUUUUUUUAUUAAGAUUAUGCUAUUAUCUUAAAUAAAAAUGACGCUUUAUCAUUUUGGUAAUUGUUUGGCUUUGGUCUAUGUACCAUAUCACAUGGCAUAUAAGUUUUCAGGGAUAUCAGAAUAUGCUUCGUUUUCAAAAUGCGUUUACGCAGGUGGAUUAUAUAUUUUUACACAACUAUGCAAAAUGCUAUUACUAGCAACUUUCUUCCCAGAUUCUGAUAGCAGCCAUGAAAGUGGUGAAUAUGAUGUGUUACUAGAGAUACUCAAAGCUACCGUAGACUUUGCCGACCUCUUCGGUCUUUACUUUGCCUUAAACUCUAUCCCUGGUAAAGGACAUGCAAAGAUCUUAACUGCUGCUGUUGGAUGGGCCAGUGCUGAGGUGCUGGUGACCCGCAGCGUGUUCCUGUGGGUGGGCGCCCGCGGCUCGGAGUUCUCGUGGCGCUACGUGCGGGCGUGCGCGGAGGCCAACGUCUCUCUGCUGCAGACGGGCGGGUGUGCGGCGCUGGUUUGGCUCCGCGCUCGCAGCGACCUCCCUCCCCGCCUGGCGCCGCUGGUUCUGUCGCUGCUGCUGCUGGCUCCGUACCGCUCGCUGCUGGAGGAGGCGGUGGCCGCCGCGCUGUCCUUGUCCGCCUGGCCGCUGCUCGCGCUCCGAGCCGCGCACGCCGCGGUAGUGGCGCUCGCCGCACUAGCAGCCUAUGCCGUGCUGGCACAGCAGAUAGCGGUCUAGUACACUCCGAGACUGGUGUGAUUAGUCUACUGUAUUAUUUAUAUUGUCGCAGAGUCUUUUUAAGUGAUCGAUGCGUUCCCUGUAGCGAUGGUCUAUGGUUACUACUAUUAAAUCGAAUGAUACAAUGGGUUUGUAUUGAAUGUUCAGUAAAAUUCUUUUACAGAUAUCUCUUCACACAUUUUUAACGUGCCUCGUUAAGCCCACUCACAACUCUUACUACUACUAAAAGAGCUUUCAAUGUUUAUUCUCUGUAACGCCAUCUAGUGGUCAAUUACCGGAAAAGUGUUUAUUAUUAAACGAAACUCCGUUUAAUUUACAAUAUACAGUAACAAACUUUAUUUUAAGAAGUAGUAGGCUAUGGCACAGUAAAUCAACAAUAAAAUAAGAUUAAAUGUCCUUUAUUAAGAUAUUACAAUUAUGUUAUCAAAGUCUAAUAAAGAUACCAGCAGUUCUUAACAGAUGGAGCAGUUGCAACUCACAAUAACAUACACCUUUUAAGUAUAUUAUGUAAGUAAUGUAAGCAGAAGUAUUUAUUUCACCUUAUUAAAAAAGGGUUAAAUCAAAUAGAAUGUAACAGUGACCAGGGACAGUCAACAAAGCACUACAAAAGAGUAUAGUUUUCACUAUGUCAUUGUCAUAGUGCAUACAGCGUAUUAAUUGUUCAUUCAUGAAUCUAAGCAAAUUACAGUGGUAAUGAGGGUUGUAGCUUGCUAGCUUACUAAGCAUACUGAUAAAUCUCCCAUUGUCAUCAGUUCAUUGUAUUAUAGCUAUUUUAAUGAAUAACACAAGCUAACUGACUUCCUGCAGGAACUUUGAAGGAAAGAAACCUCUUUAAAAUAAUUUUAUUGUAAUGAUUUAUAAUUCAACAGAAGAUAGAUGCGUACCAGAUGGAAGACAAACUACUUUAAAUUGUUUGGGGGAUUUUUUUGUUGGUGUAACUUUUAAAACUUUUGUUGUAGUAAGAUGUCUUUAGUAGUCAUACUAUUAACUAUAUUAGUAAGACAACAUUAAAAAUAUACAAAAGUCAAGUGAUCCAGAAUCCAGAUAAUCAAACAAAACUUGUCGAGUUCAGGCCACCUCUGGACAACUCUUGAUAACUGGUGCUCCGUAAAUGUAAAGUACUAAAUUAUGUUAUGUUAAUAGCGGAUGCUAUUCCAGCAGCUUUAAUAACAAAUCUUGGCACCUAAAAACCUGUACAACUUAUAAUAUCUGUAAUAAAAAAUAAUAAUAUGAAAGACUGAACAACUUUCCAGAAUACGUCAAAUAGAAGUAAAGACCACAAAAA